AUGGCCCAGCCCAAUGCAGAGCCCGUCGAGGAAUAUGACUACGAAUCGCUCCCUCCCAACUUCUCCCUGGUCCAAAAUAUGGCGGCCGGGGCGUUCGCGGGCAUAGCUGAGCAUACCGUCAUGUAUCCCAUCGAUGCCAUUAAGACCCGAAUGCAAGUCCUCAACCCUAACCCCUCAGCUGUCUACAACGGCGUGAUCCAAGGUACAUACCGCAUAGCCAGCCGAGAGGGAGUCCUCAGCUUGUGGAGAGGCAUGUCCAGUGUUGUCGCUGGAGCUGGCCCUGCCCAUGCUGUUUACUUUGCUACGUACGAGGCCGUCAAGCAUGUUAUGGGAGGCAACCAGGCGGGUGUUCACCAUCCCCUCGCUGCUGCUACUAGUGGAGCUUGUGCUACCAUCGCAAGCGAUGCGCUUAUGAACCCCUUCGAUGUCAUCAAACAGCGAAUGCAAAUCCAGGACUCUGCCAAAAUGUACCGCUCCAUGACGGACUGUGCUAAGUACGUCUACAAGACCGAGGGACUGGCAGCUUUCUACGUUUCCUACCCUACCACCCUCUCGAUGACGGUUCCCUUCACUGCUCUGCAGUUCCUCGCCUAUGAGUCUAUUUCAACGGCGAUGAACCCGAGCAAGAAGUACGACCCGACAACGCAUUGUCUGGCUGGCGCUGUCGCUGGAGGCUUUGCCGCCGCCUUAACCACGCCCAUGGAUGUGAUCAAGACUAUGUUGCAGACACGAGGAACUGCGACCGACCCGGCGCUGAGAAACGUCAACGGCUUCAUGGCCGGGUGCCGGUUACUUUACGAGCGAGAGGGCUUUCGGGGAUUCUUCAAGGGUGUGCGCCCCCGUGUAGUGACGACCAUGCCCAGCACGGCUAUUUGCUGGUCUGCUUAUGAGGCUUCCAAGUAG